AAACUCCAGUGCCCUAUGUCUUCCUUCAAAGACCUUGACUUCUUGGUUCCCUUCGACUGGACACCCGAGCGCUCUGAUAUUUGCAUCCCAUGCUUCGUGGUUUUCUUCGACAACAUUGAGGAGUCAAUCAAGGCGGCUGAAAGGUUGAGGACACGACUUACCAAGAAAUUUUGCGACCGUGUUGUGUGGUUCAACUCCGACAAUACCCCCGAUUUUCGUGAGGAGACUACUUCCGAGUUUCGCGAUCAUAAAAUAUAUGGGCUGUACUGUACAGACUCAUUCGGAAUGGUAAGCAACAAAUUAGAUACUUCAAGUGAAGAUACAUGA